AUGGCGGCGUCAGUGCUCACGACGUCUGCUUCGCUGUUGGCUGGGUCCUCAUCUGCGAGACGGACUCGUACUGGGGUCGGUACUAAUAAUGGUACUGCUACUGGUGCCCCCGGGGUUAGCAGGUCCUACAAGUACGCCCCCAAGUUAUCCAAGGCCCAGGAGUUUCUGGAGACCAUCAAGAAGCGGUUGCAGUCCGGGGACCCAAACAGCAACAAGAAUGAAGUGGUGUAUUCCUGGGUUCGCGGGGAGUGGAUCCAGACCACGUUCAAGCCGUCGCUGAGCAUUCACUUGUUCGAGCAGGAAAGCUCCAUCGUGGCCAAGGACUCGCCCGAUGGCAUCGCCAUGCUGCGCAAGUGCCCCGCAACCACCAGCCUGCUUCUCUCCACCAACCGCAAAUCCAAACUCCUUCAGGCGACAAAAUCAGCCAUGAUGCUCAAGCGAAGGGAUUCAACUGGUUUCCAAGCAAAAUCCGGCAUUGUUCCCGGUUCCACGCGAGGAAUUCAUGACGACGAUGACGAGUUGACGACUACUAGUCGAGAUGAGAAGGACAGUGGAACCGAGAGAGAUGACUUGGAUUCAGACAUCGAUGACAUUAGAGGUGGCCGCAUAACAGGAAGAGGAGAUGGAGGACCGGCUGGUUCUAAAGCACUUGGCGGGAAAUCUGCGGGACCAAAAGAUAACGCCAAAAGGGAUGCAAAUGCAGCCGCCAACCAGUUUAACUUUUAUGAACGCGCCUGCCAAACACACACUUCUGCUUUGAGGGAGAAAACAACCAUGACAGAGCCACCUCCAAUCCAAAGCUUCUCGGGCCUCUUCAACCAGUGGGUCUCCCACGAUGGUUAUGUCAGAGAAACUAAAACGGACAGCGGCCAGCACGCAAUUUCAUCUGCAGCCAAGUCACCUUCAAUAUUGCCGAACCCUAGCCGUCAAGCGAGCAGCAUGGGCAAACUUGCAGUGGCAACUUCCACACAUUCGUUCAGAUCGCCCACUGCAAGUAGACCCCAGAGUCCACGAAGUCGGUCAGCAGGGAAAUCCAGCAGCACCUCUGGCGGAAUCGGUCCUAUUGACAAAUUGGCGCCAGAGAAGGUGAACCUGGGGUCACUCGGGAGAGCUGCGAGGGUUGUGGAACGGAUGAUGAAUCAGAAUUCUUUCGAUGCAGUUACCUUGGAUUUUAGGUACUGGGAGGAUGCCGCAGAUGAGUUCAGGGAUCCCGAAGGAAUUCUUCUACCACUCUGGAGUUUCCAAUGUGAAAUCAUGAAGAAGCAAUUCGCCAUCACCGGCAUUUGUUGGUCUGCACAUUUCCCAGAUCUGUUCGCGGUCUCGUACGGAUCAUAUGACUUCAAGAAUCAACCCAAUCGAGGAGCCGUUUGCUUAUACACCUUGAAAAACCCGUCACAUCCAGAAUACAUUUUUGAAACAGCUUGUGGAAUCAUGUGCGUGGAUAUUCAUAGUGUUUACCCCCACCUCGUCGCUGUUGGGCUUCAUAACGGGUCAAUCAAGGUUUUCAAUCUCAAACUCGCCAACGGCCGAGGAGGUUGCAUGUGGGAAACUGAACUGCAAGAUGGUUGCCACACAGAUGUCGUUUGGCAGGGCGACUGUAUCAGGGGGUUUCCUCCGUGUUCUAAGUUUCCGUCGAAAACUUCAAAGGUUUGCUGGGGUAACGAUGAUCCCGAUGGUCAACCAAUAUUAUACUCGGUCGGUGGUGAUGGAAGAGUCGUCCAAUGGACUCUGGCGUCACAAGACUUGCGACAUCACGAUGUAGUCAUACUUGCCAUUGAUCCUCCAAUCAAAGCAACCGAUGGAUCACUCGUUCACGCCGUCGGCUGUGGAACUGCACUGGCAUUUCAUAAAAUGAUGCGAACAACCUUCGUCGUUGCAACGGAAGAAGGUCGGAUUUACAAAGGCAGCACCUUGUACCAGUCCAAACGCCUCGGAAACUUUGCAAAACACGAAAUGCCUAUUCAUGCAUUGUCCUGGAAUCACUACUCCGAAAACAUAUUCUUGUCCGCGAGUGCUGACUGGACAAUUCGGAUCUGGGAUCACAGAAAAUGUCAUCCACUGUUCGCGUUGGACCUUGGUUGCGAGGUUGAGGACGCAGCCUGGGCCCCAUUCAGCAGCACCGUUUUAGCAGCGGUCACUGGCGAAGGUCGGGUUUACGUUUACGACCUUUCCGUGGAGAAAUAUGCACCUAUUUGCGUUCAAUCAGUCACUAGGAAAAAGAGGACCAAAUGUACCCACAUAGCUUUCAACCCCCUUCACCCUAUCAUACUUGUCGGCGACGACAGAGGGAAUGUGAUGUCACUGAAGCUGUCCCCGAAUCUACGGAAGUUACCAAAAGAGGCGAAGAAUGCCGAUGAAACACGAUUACGAGAGCUUGAAAUCAAGAAGCUUGAAACGCUGUUGAUGCUGAUGAAAGAAGGUUGA